GCGCCGCGUGCGGACGGCUCGGCUCGUCGCCGCUACGAUUGAGCUUUGGAUUUAUCUCCCUCGUCUUUGCCGAUCAGUCACCCCGCGGGGUUAUGCAUGACAGCCCCCGUGGCUCUCCGAAAUGAGCCAGCAGUGAUCUCCCACUCUGAAAGAGUCGAUCUGUUCCGCGGCGCCAGUUGCAACAUCGAGAGCGAGGUGCUGGCAACUUUGGCAAAUGGCCAGGAUCCGCACGCUCCAGACACAAACGCUGGUUUCAGGGUUACAAACAUCAGGCUCCCCAGCGGUGAUAGCUAUUCCGGUACAUUGUUGGGGAGCACGCCAGAGGGUUCGGGGCGGUAUACCUGGUCAGAUGGCUGUAUUUACGAUGGCGAGUGGAGGAGGGGGAUGAGGCACGGGCAAGGGAAGACGCUGUGGCCAUCUGGAGCUACCUAUGAGGGCGAGUAUGCUGGUGGGUACAUAUAUGGGGAAGGCACGUAUAUUGGGCAGGAUAGCAUCGUUUACAAGGGACGGUGGAAGUUGAACCGUAAGCAUGGUCUCGGAUGCCAGACGUAUCCUAAUGGAGACAUGUUCCAAGGUUCUUGGAUUCAGGGCGAAAUACAAGGUCAUGGGAAGUAUACGUGGCAAAAUGGGAACAGUUAUACCGGCAAUAUGAAGAAUGGCAAGAUGUCUGGAAAGGGAACUUUUACUUGGAAGAAUGGGGAUUCGUACGAAGGUAACUGGUUGGAUGGCAUGAUGCAUGGUUAUGGUAUCUAUACCUGGGAUGAUUGUGGGUACUAUGUUGGAACCUGGACCAGGGGACUGAAGGAUGGGAAAGGCACAUUGUAUCCAAGGGGAUGCAGAGUUCCUGUUAAUGAUGAGAUGUACAUCAAUAGUCUAAGGAACAGAGGUGUGCUGCCUGACCUAAGAAGGCAGAAUCAUGGUUCACGCAUACUUCACUCUUCGUCAGUGGACAUGGGAAACAUGAAGGUUGGUAUAAAUCGGGAAUCUUCAGGUGCUUCAUCUAGAAGGAACUCGGGCGAGCAAUCCCGUUCGAAGAAUGUGUCCUUGGAAAGAAGGUGGAGCCUUGAGGUGGCUAUUGAAAAGUUCAUCGGAAAUGAAAAUAGUGAAACCUCUGGUCUAGAAGGCUCUGAAAACAUUGAUGAUUCUGAGAUGCCUAUGCUUGAAAGGGAAUACAUGCAAGGUGUUCUAAUCAGUGAGGUAGUAAUUGACAGGAGUUUCUCGGGCUCAUCCAAGAAGACAAAGCGCCGCCAGAAGAAGAUGGUUAGAGAAACAAAAAAACCUGGAGAGGCCAUAAUUAAGGGGCAUAGAAGCUAUGAUCUAAUGCUAAGUUUGCAGCUUGGUAUCAGGUACACAGUUGGAAAGAUAACACCAAUUCAAAAACGUGAAGUCCGUGCUUCAGAUUUUGGUCCAAGAGCAAGUUUCUGGAUGAACUUCCCAAAAGAAGGAUCACGACUUACUCCUUCGCAUCCUGCAGAAGAUUUUAAAUGGAAAGACUAUUGUCCAAUGGUUUUCAGAAAUUUGAGAGAGAUGUUCAAGAUUGAUGCUGCAGAUUAUAUGAUCUCGAUAUGUGGAAAUGCUGCACUUAGGGAGCUAUCUUCUCCUGGAAAGAGUGGGAGUGUAUUUUUCCUAUCACAAGAUGAUAGGUUCAUGAUUAAGACUCUCCGGAAAUCUGAAGUGCAGGUUCUCUUACGAAUGCUUCCAAAAUAUUAUCAUCAUGUCCAUACUUAUGAGAACACCCUCAUAACCAAGUUUUUUGGCCUGCACAGGGUAAAACCUUCUAGUGGUCAAAAGUUCCGUUUUGUUGUAAUGGGAAAUAUGUUCUGCACAGAAUUGAGAAUCCACCGGAGAUUUGAUUUGAAAGGUUCAUCAUUAGGCCGUUCUACUGACAAAAUUGAAAUUGAUGAGAACACAACUCUGAAGGAUUUAGAUCUGAACUAUUCCUUUUAUCUUGAACCUUCCUGGCGAGAGGCUUUACUUAAGCAGAUAAAAAUUGAUAGCGAAUUCCUGAAGUCGCAGAGGAUAAUGGAUUACAGUCUACUGCUUGGUGUCCAUUACAGAGCUCCGCAGCACCUGCGAACACGUGCAUCGUAUCGUCGAAGCAUGACAACAGAGAGAUUAACUGUUCUUUCAGAAGAAGACGCCCAGGAGGAUGAUGCUUUCAACUACCCAGAAGGGUUAGUUUUGGUUCAAAGAGCCAACGAUGAGAACAGUGUGGUCGUUGGCCCUCACAUAAGGGGAAGUCGACUGCGAUCAUCUGCUGCUGGAUUCGGGGAAGUAGACCUCCUCCUUCCAGGAACAGCAAGGGUUCAGAUCCAGCUAGGCGUGAACAUGCCUGCCCGGGCCGAGCAGAUCCCGAAGGAGGACGAGAGCAAGUCGUUCUACGAGGUGUAUGACGUGGUGCUCUACCUGGGCAUCAUUGACAUCCUGCAGGAGUACAACAUCACCAAGAAGAUCGAGCACGCCGUCAAGUCCAUGCAGUACGACUCCGUCUCCAUCUCCGCUGUCGACCCCGAGUUCUAUUCGGAGCGCUUCCUCAAGUUCAUCCAGACUGUCUUCCCUGAGAACUCGUAGCCCAUUGAGCGAAACCGAUCCUCACAGUUAUGUCCUAGCGACGCUUCACCAUCCCCUGCCAUAUGAAGACGACUGGCAUGCCUGUGUACAGUAUGAGAAAUGAAGGAAGCGGCAGAGUGUGCCGAGCUCCAAGGGCAUGCGAUCUUCUGGAAGGUUUUUCCAGGUAGAAAGCUGUAAGAUCCGUUGAAGCAUAGGCUGGAUUUGCAGCAUAGGCAACUUUAUUCUGGGGAAUCAAGGUGAGGACAUGGAGCAUGGAGAUUGUGGAGGAAAAGCAUCCGCCUCCUGGCACCGACAUCCAUCGGCACAAAGGGUAGUAUCAGAAGCGCUGGAAGGUUCUUGAUCUGCUUUAAUACCUGUCCGUUUCCUUUUUGAAAGCAGUAUGUGUACUGCAAGUUCCUUGUUUAGGGUACACGUAUAUAAUUACUACUCUCUUUAUUUAAAGAAAUAUGGUAUCUGGGUAUCUCAAUUACUACUACA